UUUUGGUUCAAACACCGGAAAGAAUUCAGACGGGAGGACAUGACAUCACCAACCAAAUCCCGUCUUGAAGACCUCGAAAAUGGCCGUCAAAGCAAAGAGAUUUUAAUCCACUGUCGAAAUAACGUUUUUUGGGUGUGGUCUAAACCUAACCUAAAUUUACGUGCGGUUGCUCCUCUUCCACGUCAUGCCACAUAUCACUCACAGUGAGUUUCUUCUGGAGCAGCUGAAGAGGCAACGUGAGAGAAGCUUUCUGUGUGACUGCACAGUAGUAAUAGGACAGUCUCAAUAUAAUGCACACCAUAAUGUUCUGGCAGCCUUUAGCGAGUAUUUCUCUACGCAGUCUAUUGAUGCCGGAAAGGAGAAUGCCACCAUAACUUUGGACCCAGAGUUGGUGAGCGGGGCUGUGUUUGAAAAACUACUAACUUAUAUUUACACUGGUGACUUGAGUAUGGACAGAGAAGAAAUUGAAAGCGUUCAGAAAGCUGCAUCUUAUCUUGGGAUGCCCGAGGUUGUGGCUCGUUGUACACUAACUCAAGAUGAUAUCAAAUUUGGUGGCUCGCCCACAAGACAAGCGGAGUACGAAGAUCCACGUUCCCCCUUGAGCCCAGACGACUACGAACCUUUAGAGCCAAUCACGGAGGUGGAAGAAUGGGAGCGGUUGAGGGAAAACAAAGAAGAUGGGUUACAGGAUGAUCCCGCCUCGAUGGAUGAAGCCCAGUCGUCCAGCGAACAGACACCGCAGAGGAGCGGCAGCAAGAGAGGGAGGAAACCCAAAACUAGGCUCUAUGAGGAUGAUGUUGAGAGUGAGACCAUAACUGCUCACAGAGGCAGAGGAAGAGGUCGGGGGAGACCGAGAGGUCGCCCGCGGGUAAGGCCGUUGACUUCUGAUUCAACUGAACAAUCUCCAGCGCAGCAAACCAUGAGCCCAAAUAGCAGCUCAGUAGGGAGAGGAACCGGAAGACCAAGAGGUCGUCCACGGGUUAGACCGCUGUCCACUGACAGAGAGGGUUCUGGAAAUGCUAAAGAUGAGUCUGAAGCAACCAAGCAUCAAGAAGAGGAGAGCUCUGCUGACAAAAAAGGAUGUCCACGAAAUAGACCCCUAUCAUCUGGUGCAGAAGGAGACAAUGGAGAUGAAGAACAAGGAGAGACCCAAGAAACAGAAGUUGUUGAAGAAGAUUCAGUGAAUGCUGGUGAGGCAGAUGAUCAACAGGUGAAGACAGAUUUGGAAAACCCAGACGGAGUUCCUUUAAAACGAGGGAGAGGAAGACCACGGACUAAGCCGUUAACCACUGAGAACCAAACUACAAACGCAGAAGACGGCUCCGAACCUGCAAAGACGAAAGAGAACGAAGGGACUGGCCGUAAAAGAGGAAGACCUCGAUCCAAACCUCUUUCUUCCGAGGCACCUGAAUUUUCAAAUCCAACAGAGAACAGUGGAGAAGAAGCUACUGGAGAAACAAACCAAGACACUGAGAAACACACUGAAGAAGGCUCAUCUCAAGGUACAGAGGAUUCCGAGUCAAAUCCUGCCAAGAAGGUCCGCACCAGCAACAGAAAGAGAAGCUUGAGUAGAAAGCUCAAAGAAAGUCAAGCGAGUAACGAGGACGAAGAUGAUGUAGAGGAUGAAGAAUUUGCCAAUGACAAUGAGGACUGGGCUGGAGAAGAGGAAGUGAAGCCCUUGCAGGACAAACACAGGCCUAUUUGUAACGUCUGUGGGAACCUCUUCUCAGAGAUGAGCAGCCUGCGCAGACACAUGCGCAUACACAAGGGCCUCAAACCCUAUCAGUGCCAGCUCUGUACCCGCUCCUUCAGACAGGGCAACCAGCUGAAGACCCACAUGCGCAUACACACAGGAGAGAAGCCCUUCAAUUGUACAUCUUGUGAGGCACGUUUUGCUCAGAAAUGUCAGCUGGUCUAUCACUGCCGCAUGCAUCACGGAGAAGAAAAGCCACAUAAAUGUGAUUUCUGUGGAGCAGCUUUCGCCACUUCUAGUAAUCUGAAAAUUCACAUAAGGAAGCACAGCGGUGAGAAGCCGUAUGAGUGUGGAGAAUGUGGGAAGCGCUUCACACAGGCCAGUACUCUGAUGUACCACAAGCGCCGACACACGGGGGAGAAACCCUACAUCUGCGACACCUGCGGCAUGGCAUUCGCUGUGUCCAGCUCUCUCAUCGCUCACACCAGGAAACACACCGGUGUGACCCCAUAUAUAUGCUUGGAUUGCGGAAAACCUUGCAUAACUGCUGGUGAACUUCGAAAACAUAUGGACAUCCACAAUGGCUCCAGAAAAGUGAGGUGUAACCUGUGUGGGAACAUGUUUUCAGACAUAUAUAGCUUGAAGAAACACAGCAUUUUGAAGCAUAACGCUCUUCCAGGCCAAGAGCAGGCUCCUUUGAAAACUGACCCAACGCAGUGUCCUCUCAACAUCCCCAUUGACCACCAGGGCCUGAUUGCUCGCGUGCGCUCCGCCCUCGUCGAUUCCCAAGACCAUGAAAUUCAGAUGGAGCCCCCGUUGCCAAUUUUGCCCCCGGAAACCUCACUUAUUAUCCAGCAGUCAGCAGAGCCUCAGAUGAUCAUACAGCAUGCAGACGGCACAGAGCCCUCCAUGAUCUUCCAGCACGCAGAAUCGUCCGAGGCACCCGUUCUCUUCCAACACGGAGAAUCUGGCGAGCAAGUGAGCUAUGUAGUGGAACAGUACGAAAUCCCAGGAACUGCUGAGAUGGAGCACACACAGAUUGUCAUCGUUCAGACCAUUGAUUAAAAUACCAGCUUUUACUUCCAUUUUAAAUGUAUUUUCUCCAUUAAGUGACGACUGAGGUUAGGAUUCGGUCUCGCCAGUGCGGAAGCAUCUUGUCACAAACAUCCCUUCAGAUAACUUGUUUUCUCAGCGUUUGAAUGAUGAACUCUUAGCAGAUAUCAGUUAUACAAAGCUAUUGUGUGAAUAUGUGGGGCUUCUCCUCACUUGCUUUUUUCUUAAUUAAAUGUACUGUCACAUUCAGAGCAGAAUCUGGAUCAUUAAAGGCAUUAAGUAUUUUCUGAAAUGAAGGGAAGGCCAAACUUACGUUUAGAUGUAAUAUAAAAGCUGUGCUUAAAAAUGCAUUUUGGUUCGUUUAAAAAUACGUUUCUAUUUAAUUGAAAGGUCAUUGUGGCUAUACAUUACAACUGACUUGGUCAUUCUGAUAUUUUGAACUAUACGUUUGUCUUUUAGAAGUUUGACAUGUAAAUACUUAUAAUGUUAUAUGACCCGGUCUCUGAACAAUUUCAUAUAUGAUGUGAAAUCAUUUGGAUCCUCUAACAAACUGGGAAACUUUUAUAAUAAAUCAUCUCACGUCUGAA